AUGCGUUUUCAAGGAGUCAUUGGUGCUGCCCUCUUGGGUUCAUCAGCCCUGCAGCAUGUCGCUGCAUCCAUGCAGCCUGAUGUUGAGGGUGAUCUUGUCAACAUCGACGGUGACCUCAUGAACGCUGAGCGUCUUGAGACUCGUCAAUCAACAGGAAAGAUUCCCGUCACUGGAAUUACAGGAAAUGGCGUCCAGCCUAGAAUGGAGAUUCGCGCCAUGCAGCAACAAUAUCCCGACAUGUUCAAUGUCUUUCUUCUUGGUCUUCGCAGCUUCAUGCAGAUGGAUCAGUCAGACCCUCUUUCUUAUUAUCAAAUUGCUGGUAUGUAUAUCCUGAGUGGACUCUUUAGCGUCAAUCCCAGACUCAUAUGUUUUCANGGUAUCCACGGAAGACCGUACGUUCCUUGGGAUGGCAUAGGCACUGCUCCUGGAUUUGGCGGAGGUUACUGCACUCACACUUCCAACAUGUUUCUGCCAUGGCACAGACCUUACCUGGCCCUCAUUGAGGCUGCGCAAUCUUUCCCCGCUGGUGCGACCAGAAACAAGUAUGUUGCCGCAGCUCAAAACUGGCGUUACCCCUACUGGGACUGGGCUGCAACACCUUGCUCGAGCUGCAAGGCAUUCCCUGAUCUUAUCGCCAACCAAUGGGCUACCGUCACCACUCCCACCGGUGUGCAGACUAUUGCCAACCCUCUUUUCCGUUAUGACUUCCACCCUGUCUCUGUCUCUGAUAUGGUCUACAAUCCUAACAACCUGCUCAACGGCAUCUUCGCCAACAGUCAGGUGAACUUUCGCGACCGCUUGUACAACCUGUUCACCAACUACAACAACUUCCACCAAUUCGGUGAUUCGGCGUGGAUCACUACUAGCUCCACAAACGCCGACAGUCUUGAAUCGCUUCACGAUGCGAUUCACUCAAGUAUUGGUAACAAUGGACACAUGACCUACCUCGACUACGCUGCAUUCGACCCUNNCAUGGUCGACCGCAGUUUUGCAAUGUGGCAGACCCUCCACAGCGACAGCUAUGUUGAGCCUCUCGCCGCAGUUGGAAGCACAUUCACCUACCCUGCUGGAACUGUCAACGACGUGAACUCGGGCUUGACCCCCUUCUUCAAGGACACGGCCGGCACUAACUGGACUUCGGCCAGCGUGCGUGACACCACUACUUUUGGUUACACCUACCCUGAGCUCCAGAACGGUGCCUCUGCUUCUAGCGUCCGUUCGGCGAUCAACAGACUCUACGGAAAGAAUGCUGUUGCCGCUGAUGUCAAUGCGAAUGUCAACGUCGGUAACUCAGGAAGCUCUNNGUCAGCUCAGCAGUACCUGCAGCUUCUUCGGCUCCUUCAACCCCUAAGGCACCCACAGGCCCUGCACGACCUGCAGCUCCUUCAGUUCCUGCGCCUCCAGCAGCUCCUGCAGCCCCUUCGGCGCCCAAAGCGCCCUCUGCUCCCCCUCGGAGGAUCUACCAGACAGCCUUCCUGGGAGUCUUCCUGGAAGCCUCUCAGCAUCUGGAAGUCUAGCCCUAUCCACAUCUGGAGCCCUUGGUGGAAGCGUGACAACAUGACCAGCGGACCAUACCUCAACACUACACACACCGCUGGCAUCAACGGCACUGACGAUUUCCACCAUGAGUACAUUUGCAACAUUGCUUCGCAGAAGUUCGCCAUGAAUGGAUCAUACGCUGUCUACGUUUUCUUGGGUAACGUUUCGUCCAACUCCACAGAGGAUCUUCAACUCUCGCGCAACCUUGUUGGUACCUACUCGGUUUUCUCCAAUAUGCCAUCCACCGAAAACCACAUGGCAGACAUGGAUCUCAAGAUCACUGGUACCGUUCCUUUGACCACUUCUCUUCUUGGAAAGUACGAGAGCGGAGAGCUGAGAAGUAUGGCUCCUGUUCACGUCGAGCCAUACCUUCGCAAGAACCUCCAAUGGAGAGUAGCCAAGUACAAUGGAGGAGAAGUCGCCGUCGCAGAUGUGCCCGAUCUUUCGCUCAACGUUGUAUCCGCUCCCAUCACGCCUGGUCGCACCGAGAAUGACUUCCCUCAGUGGGGCUCCUUCAAGGCUCUCAACAGUGUCACUGCUGGUAAGCCUGGUGGUUACAGUGCUGAGUACUGGACCUGCCCUGAAGAUGGCUCAUCUUUCGACAACGGCUACACUCGCCCUCCUCCGGCACCUGCAGCUCCUGCAGCAGCCAACACAGCCAGUGCAGCCAGCGCCGCCAGUCCUCAAGUCAAUGGUACUGCUCAUGGCAACAGUACUGCUAACCCAAUGUCCCCCACAACCUACACUGGCUCUGCCAGUAUCAUGAGCCUGUCCGGUUACGCCAUCGCUAUGGCAGCCGCAGCUCUUCUCAUCUAG